AUGCCCCAUUAUGGAAGUAAAGAUCUUGGAAAAUUUUUUGGAAAAAUUAACACUAAAAAGAGUGCGAGUUUUUGUAAAAUGUUGGCAUUACUUUUCAAAUUGGAUAAACUCUUGGUAAAAUUUCCUAUUAUUAGCGCUAAACGAG